AUGAAAGGCCGUGGUUUCUGUCAGGAUUCUGAUUCCGCCGCUAACCGUAACUCGCAUCUCACUGGUUCUGGUUUUGAUACUCUCACCGCCGAGGGCGGUCCUGGACCUCAGAGAUCCAUUGAAGGAUGGAUUGUUUUGGUGACCGGGGAACUUUUUGGCUAUCCUCUUUUGAUCAAGAGUAGGAGACUAGCUUAUGAUGGACGAGGAAAUGCAGUUGCAAAAAGUGAAGAGGAACUGGCUUCUGCCGCGGAUGCACUUGGAGGAUUUGUUCGUGAUUUAUAUGCUGAAAAGUGGGCACCUGCUGUCAUUGUCGCGAGAGGGAGAGAUGGUACAAUUUCAUGCUAUUUAUUUUAG